AUGCUAGAAAAUAUUUCGUGCUUAAAAAAAUACUAGCACAUAGCAGCCAGAUCGUCGAAGUAUAUACACCAUCCAGAGUCAAAGGAGGACAGAAAUACUAUGCAUAUCUGCAUCCCCCAUUUCGGUCUCUCGAUUCUUUAGUGCCACAUUUUCUGUGUUUUGUCUUGGCUACACAUGUUUUUUUGCGUCGCGAAACACCUCUCUUUCUUGUUCUUUUGUAAGAGAAAACAGAAGACUUAUUAGUGCCAGAUACUCUUUAUCUAUUUAUCUGGUUUCCUUGAACUGUCAAUACGCUUCUGCUACCGUUUUCCCAUAUUUUCUCGAGAAAACAAUCAAGAAAAACCAUAUUUGGGAAAUCUCUAUUCCAGUCGAAGCUCAUGGAGAACACUGGAUCUGGUUCUUUUAUGAGGAAUAGGAGAUUGGAGAGUUUUCUUACCACAAAUUCCAUCCCAAAUGUGAAAAAAAAUCCAAAAGAAUCGGUGAGAGAAGAAGUGGAACAAAGGCAUAAGAGUGAUGUUUAUGUUGAUGAUGAUGGGUGGGUUCCUGCAUUGAUAUCAUGCGUAAGAAUUGUGGUCUGUUUUGUGUCAAUGAUGGUUACAACAUUUAUCUGGGCUUUAGUCAUGCUCCUGCUCUUGCCAUGGCCUUAUGAGAGAAUUAGGCAAGGAAAUAUUUAUGGACAUGUUACUGGUAGAAUGAUGAUGUGGAUCUUAGGGAAUCCUAUAAAAAUUGAAGGUGUUGAAUUCUCAAAUGAGAGGGCCAUUUAUAUCUGUAAUCAUGCAUCUCCUAUAGACAUUUUCCUUAUGAUGUGGUUGACUCCCACUGGCACAGUAGGCAUUGCAAAGAAGGAGAUUAUUUGGUAUCCUCUCUUUGGACAGCUUUAUGUAUUGGCUAACCAUCUUCGUAUAGAUCGCUCCAAUCCAACCGCUGCAAUUCAAUCCAUGAAAGAGGCAGCUUGUGCAGUUGUCAAAAACAACCUAUCACUAAUCAUUUUUCCUGAGGGCACAAGGUCCAAAAAUGGAAGGCUACUCCCCUUUAAGAAGGGUUUUGUUCAUCUGGCACUGCAAACGCGCCUUCCAAUCGUUCCAAUGGUCUUUACUGGAACACAUCUAGCUUGGAGAAAAGGAAGCUUGCACGUUCGGCCGGCACCUAUAACAGUCAAAUAUCUUCAUCCAAUAAAAACUGAUCAUUGGUCAGCCGACACAAUUGAUGACCAUGUAAAAAUGGUAUACAACACCUAUGUUGAAAACCUUCCAGAGCCUCAAAGGCCAGCUUGCUAGAAGGUACAUUAGUCCUAGUUUGAGGCAUCAUCCCUUUAUAAUUUUAACAAUCUGGGAAAUGUAAUUUUCAGAUCAGCAGAGCUACUGAUCUUCAUACUGCUGAUUUCCUCUUGCAAUAACCCUGAUUAUUUGAUCCCAUAUAUAUUAAUUGCAGAGCAGGUUUUCUUGUGCCCUGUACAGUUAAAUCGCCAUAA